CUUAGAGAGAGAGAGAGAGAGAGAGAGAGAGAGAGAGAGAGAGAGAGAGAGAGAGAGAGAGAGAGAGAGAGAGAGAGAGAGAGAGAGAGAGAGAAUUUCGGAGAACGUGGUUUGCAGCCAUGUUUUUAUUAUUAUUGUUCUAUUUAUGCCCCAAGCCAUUUUUCGUGUGCCUUAAUUUCAAAUAUCAACAAUGACAGAAAUUAUGAAUUUGAAGAUAACUGUUACUGUUACUUCAUUAACGUGUCUAUAUCUAAAAUAGGUUUAGGUACUGAACAUAAAACAAAAUGGUUUACGGUCAAAGGGAGGUAAAUAACUGAAGUUUGUUAGCGAAAUCGUUUCGAUUGAACGAGACUAAAGCCAUGUGAAGUGGACAGACACAAUCAGAAACCGGUAUUUACAAUUAGUAGUGAUGACAGACACUGUUUGACAGCUACGUUUUGAGAGCGAAGUGACCUCACUGAUAACAUAACCAGACAGGAAGACUGAAUCAGCGGGACUUGCAUCGCAGUUUGCAGCCAUGCAACGGAUUCACACGAAAUCGAUCUUGCUUCGCCGACUGAUCCAUGUGAACAUUGGCCCACACUGGCCACAGUCGUCCGUUUGUGUUCGUUCCAUCCCGGCCAAGUCAUGUGUCGCCAGUGCAUCGCCUAUUCUGUUUCAGAGCAACAUUUUGACGUUUCGUAAUUUCGCUGCAUCAGCGAAUCGUUUCAAUGGAAAAAAACUGUUCACCCCUGGUCCCCUUGGUACCUCCAUGACAGUGAAACAGGCUAUGUUGAAGGACCUUGGAUCAAGAGAUGUUGAGUUCAUCCAGAGUGUGAAAGACAUCAGGUCAAAGUUGCUACAGAUAGCGGGUGUAUCUUCUGAUGCCUUCACUUGUAUUCCACUUCAAGGAAGUGGAACGUUUGCAGUAGAAGCUGUCCUACAAACUACUGUACCAAGACAGCAGGGGAAGGUUCUGAUUGCUGCAAAUGGAGCGUAUGGAAACAGGAUGGGUAAGAUCUGUGAGACGGUCUCCAUUCCGUACCAGAUGGAGAGCUUUGCCGAGGAUUCUGCAGUGGAACCUUCUCGUAUUGAAGAGGUUUUAAAGGCAGACAACUCUUUCACACAUGUUUGCAUUGUGCACUGUGAGACCAGCUCAGGCGUGUUCAACCCGGUGGAACAAGUGGGCAAGAUUGUCAAGAAGUAUAUUCCAAAUGCAUCUUACUUUGUUGAUGCCAUGAGCAGUUUUGGUGCCGUGCCUCUGAACUUCAGUGAAGGUCAUGUGGAUUACCUUGUUACGUCUGCUAACAAAUGUUUGGAAGGAGUGCCAGGUUUCUCCAUUGUCAUCGCCAACAAACAAAAACUAGCACAGUGCAAAGGUGUGUCUCGGAGUCUCAGUCUCGACUUGUUUGAGCAGGAUGAAGGUCUCAACAACAAUGGACAGUUCCGCUUCACUCCGGCCACUCACUCGAUGCUCGCGUUCAAGCAAGCUAUUGUCGAGUAUGAAGCGGAAGGUGGUUUGACAGGGCGGUCUAAGAGGUACCAAGAAAACCGUGAGAUCCUAAGAAAGGGCAUGGCGAGACUGGGCUUCAAGGAGCUACUGGAUGAGAAGAUAUCAGGAUACAUCAUCACAUCCUAUCACUACCCUAAAGAUACGAACUUUGACUUCAAAGACUUUUACAACAGACUCAAUGAGAAAGGUGAUGUUAUAUACCCCGGAAAGGUGUUAAAAUUGGAUUGUUUCAGAAUUGGCAACAUUGGUCAUCUCUACCGUGAUGAUAUGAAGAGGUUGCUGACCAAUAUUGAAGAUGUCUGUCGGGACAUGAAAAUCAGUCUUCCUGUGAAAAAUUAAAGUCCAGCCACAAAUUAGCCUUAAACAGUCUGAAUCCAAAAGCUGAUUGAUUGUGAAUUAGUUAUGAGCAUAGGCGUACAAACACCCAUUUUUGUAGUUGUGCCAGCUCAUUUUUGCCUAAAUUAAAUGAAAAUGCUUGAAUCUGGAUAAGAACAUUUAUAUAUAUUUGUAUUACUACAAAAUGAAUCACUAUGCAUUUUUUACAUGGAUUACAAGUGAAAAAAAUGAGAAGAAGAUGGAAAUACAUGGUACAAGGUUUUCAGGCUGGCUUAUUUUGCCUUGACGUCGCUUUUGCCUGAAUAUGAAUAUUUGCUCAUGAACUGGCGGGUGGGUGGGAGAUGGUUGCACCCCUCACUCCCUGUUUCUUACGCUGCAAUCUAAGCCUUGUUAUAUGUAAACCUGCUGUCUUUAUGUUGAUAUAUUACUUGCAUGUGCUACACACACUACUGUACAAUGUUGUAUCUGUUUUUGCAAUAUCUUGUCAAUAAUGUUUACUGUUUGUUUUGUGCAGUGAAAACUGUAUUUAAAAAAAGCACCAAGUUUCAACAUAUAAAGGUAUUUCGCAUUCCUACUGCACAUGCACGCGAAGAGCAACGUCCCAUGCCGAAUUAGACUGUAUCCAGGCUAUUUACAACUUGGGGGGCAUUAUCAAUAGUUGUCAUGAGCAUUGUCAGUAGCUUCGUAGGAGAUGUGAAUCUCUGGCGACUAACAUACAUAUUUAGUAUCAGAUGGUAUAAUGGCUGUGAAAAACGGUCUACUAAAGUUUAUAUCGGACCAAAAGCAAUGAAACAUUAACUUGGAUGAAGUCUUUGGAGCCGCCUUUCAAGUUUUUUAAUAAUGCAAAAUUAAAAGAUUCAUACAAUAAAAUGAACUUAAUUGAAAUCUAUUUGCUACUGAAUUCUCCACAUGUAUCAGUAUUUAAAAUUUAAUAAAAUCUGCCUCCUCUUCCCCCCCACUAAAAAGCAAAAAAUCCCUAUACCAUAUAGACCUUUAUCACAGCUCUAUUUUUUUUCUUAUGGUUUCUAUAAAAAAAAGAGUCCUAUAACUACUAAUCACAGAAUUUUCGGGUUCCUACUGAUAGAAUAAUUAUUAAUAAAACUAAUUCACAUUCCUAUUUCGUGGCCUCCCAUUGUUCAUCCCCCCAAUUUGUAAUCUCGCGUGGGUUCACGGUUAGCGUCCAUGAGUUGUUCCGCUAAAUGCACAUGCACAGUGGAAUGUGAAAGAGGUAUAUUGCUUUAUGUAGUUGUAAGUGAAAACAAAUUUUUGCAAGCAUUAUAUUUGCAAACAUGUUGAGUCCCAGCUGGUCAUACUUUUACAACAUUGAAUUUUUAUUUCUAAUGCAAAACCAUUCAGUCAUGUGCCUGCGGCUAGUAAUAACAACAAUGUUAGAAUUACCCAUGUUUGACAUCCAAUAACUGAUGAAUGAAGUGCAUGUGCAUUUACUAGCAUUUGUCAUGAAGACGUUUACUUGUAGAAUGCACAGAAUUGUAAUUCCGGACAUCUAGUUUUAAAAAACAUCCAUCCAGAGAAGCAUAUCCUUGAAUACACCAGAAACAUGGGCACAAUGCACCCUUGAUCUCAUCCAGCAAGUCUGGACCCCCCCCCCCCCCCCCACCCCACCGUUAAAUGUACUGCACACAUACCUUUGAUUAAUUCAUCAAUGUGCUCUAGUGAUGUCAAUUAAACAAAUUUUAGCUUUCAUUUGUGUACCAGCAUUCAGUUACCGAUCUUUUAGAACCUACUGUAGCUCUGAACCCGUUUUAAUCGGUGCAGCCCUUUGUGUCAUGUUCUCCAUCUAGAUGGAUGUCUUUAUUUUAUAUAUAUUUAUACCUAUAUUAAUUUUUAUUAUUAUACUACUACUACUACUACAUGUAAUAAACUACAUGUAUCAUUUAAAAGGCAAAAUAAAGUCUUUAAUGAGA